AUCUUCACAUACAAGAAUAGCAAUUACUCACCUUUUCCUGUGAUGUCAUGGACUGAAGCAUGUUGUCAAAAAAGGAACUUUGGAACUACUAUUCCAUGUUCUGACCGUAGCCCCUCUAACACAGUUCCUGAGUCAGUUCAUAAUUUGAGGCCAGGAGACAUAAAAGUUAUAGGUGCCCUUGGAGACUCAUUAACAUCAGCAGUUGGGGCUGGAGCUUCACCAAACAAUCUUAUUGAAUUGCUGAUAGAAUAUCGAGGUGUCUCAUGGAGCGUUGGUGGAAAUGAAAACCUAACAACAGUCACAACGUUAGCAAACAUUAUUCGUGAGUUCAAUCCUUCUCUAGUGGGCUUUUCCAUUGGCAACGGAAAAGAGAACAAACCUAACUCUUACUUGAACCAAGCUGUGUCAGGAGCUCAUUCUGGUGAAAUGAUACAACAGACCAGAAAGCUAAUAAAUUUGAUGAAGAAUGAUUCUAACAUAAAUUUCCAAGAAGAUUGGAAGAUCAUAACCCUUUUUAUAGGAGGAAAUGACCUUUGUGAUUAUUGUAAUGAUUCUAUAAAAAGUUCUCCUGAGUACUACAUAAUGAACAUACAGUCAGCGCUGGAUUUACUCCAUAAAGAGGUGCCUCAUACAUUUGUGAACCUGGUAUCACUACUUAAUGUGAUACCUGUGAGGAAACUGUAUCAGGAGACGAGCAUUUACUGCCCAAGAUUGAUUAUGAGGUCAGUGUGUGGAUGUAUUUUCAAACCUAAUGAUAAUUCCUCUGAAAUUGAGAAGGUGGAGUUUUUAAAUAGAAGAUAUCAGGAAGAAACUCAUCGUUUAGUCGAGAGUGGAAGGUAUGACACAAGAGAAGAUUUCACUGUGGUUGUGCAACCAGUGUUUGAAAAAGCAGAGAUACCUCAGACUCUGAAUGGGCUGCCAGAUGCUUCAUAUUUUGCCCCAGACUGUUUUCAUUUCCACCAGAAGCUUCACACCCAGGCUGCUCGGGGGCUGUGGAACAACAUGUUGGAACCCAUUGCAGAAAAGACAAGAAUACAAAGAUUUGAACCUGAGAUAACACUCAAAUGUCCAAACCAGGCCCAGCCAUAUUUAAUGACAUACAAAAACAGCAACUAUACUUACCACAAGGAAAAUACUCCAGUUUAUGGAAGCCAGAUGCUGUGCAAGGAUAAAGCACCAUCCAUUGAAUAUCCUACUUCAGUGCAUAGCCUAAAACCAUCUGAUGUACGAGUAAUAGCUGCCUUGGGAGAUUCCUUGACUGCUGGUAUUGGAAUAGGAUCAGCACCAAAUGAUAUGUGGGAUAUGCAUACACAAUAUCGAGGCCUGGCUUGGAGCAUUGGAGGAGAUGCUUCAUUAAAGAAUGUAACAACUUUACCAAAUAUCCUUCGUGAAUUCAAUGCUAACCUCACAGGCUAUUCAAUUGGUAUUGGUGAAUUUACUGAGGCAAAUGCCGCUCUCAAUUUGGCAGUUCCAGGAGCGCAGGCUAAGGAUCUACCAGUUCAAGUAAAGCGCCUUGUAAAAAAUAUGAAAAAUGAUUUGAAAGCCAAAUUCAACACUGACUGGAAGGUCAUAACAAUAUUUAUUGGAAUCCAAGAUCUCUGCAACUAUUGCAAAGAUACUAACCACUAUUCAGCGGUAAACUUUUCAAAUCAUGUUCAAGAAGCACUUGACUUGCUUCAUACAGAGGUACCUAAAGCUCUGGUUAACCUGGUGGAGGUGAUGGAUCUUCUCCCUUUAAGGCAACUGUUUCUAGAUAGCAGAUUACCAUGUGCUGUGCACUUAGCAGAAGAUCAUUGCAGUUGCCUUCUUUCCCUUGAAGAAGGCUCAUUAGGUCUCCUGAUAUUGGAGGAAGCAAUCAAAGCUUAUCAGAGCAAAAUACAGAAACUAAUUAAGAGUCACAAGUAUGAUACUCGAGAAGAUUUUACAGUUGUACUACAGCCAUUCCUCCGUAAUAUUUCAUUACCUGUUUUACAGGAUGGGCGACUAGAUACCUCCUUCUUUGCACCAGACUGUUUUCAUUUUAGCCAAAAAUCACAUUCCCAACUUUCUAGAGCUCUCUGGAACAAUAUGCUUCAACCUGUUGGAAAAAAAGCUGUUUCCUUCGAUUUUAUGGAUAACAUAACACUGAGUUGCCCUUCUCCGCAACAACCUUUCCUGCGUACCUUCAAAAACAGCAAUGCCACAAAUCCAUCAGAAAAUCCUACCAAGUUGCCAGACCAGAACUGGGGUAGCAAACUGCCAUGUUCUGUACAGACUGAAUCCAGAGAAGUCCCCACAUCAGUGCACAGGCUGCAGCCAGCUGACAUUCGAGUGAUAGCAGCACUUGGUGAUUCAAUGAUGAUUGCUGAAGGUGCUAAAGCAAUUGGUUUGAAUGAUAUCAAAACAGCUUGGAGAGGACUUUCCUGGAGCACUGGAAGUGAUGGAAGCUUAGAGACUCACACAACAUUACCUAACAUUUUGAAGAAAUUUAAUCCAGGCCUCAUUGGUUUCUCCACUGGCACCCAGAAGGAAACUGCUGGGUUCAAUGUAGCUAUGGGAGAAGCCACAACCUGGAAUAUCUCAGCCCAAGCACAUGAAUUGGUAGAGCUCAUGAAAAGGAACCCAGACCUGAACUAUGAGGAGGACUGGAAGUUGGUUACCAUUUUCAUUGGAGUCAAUGACCUCUGUCAACACUGUUUAGAUAAGGAAGCAUAUUCAGUGGAAAAAUAUGUAAACCACCUCCAGGAAGCUCUUGAUAUCCUUUACAAGGAGCUCCCUCGGGCCUUUGUCAACAUGGUGGAAAUAAUGGAACUCACUGGACUGCGUCAGAUAGAAAGGGAAGAAUCCAAAUGCAUCCUUCCAGGGGUGAGCCUUUGUCCAUGUUUUCUAAAUCCUUGGGAUAACUCUUUCAAUCUGCAAGAAAUGGAGAUAAUUAACAGAGAUUUCCAGAUUAAAAGUGCAAUGCUAUUCAACAGUGGCCGUUAUGAUCAACGGGAGGAUUUUGCCAUUGUUGUGCAACCAUUUUUCCGAAACAUCUUCCUACCACUAGACAGUGAAGGGAAACCAGACCUGAGUUUCUUUGCAGUGGAUUGCUUUCAUUUCUCUGAGAGAGCUCAUGCUGAGAUGGCUGUGGCAAUCUGGAAUAAUAUGCUGGAGCCGGUUGGCUAUAAGCAGUCAUAUAAACAUUUCACAAAGGAAAGACUGAAGCUCAAAUGUCCAACCUCAGAAUACCCAUAUCUUUUCACAUCGAGAAAUAGCCAAAUAUACAAUUCGGGACUUGAAACAAAGUCCAAUGGAGACAGUGUGCCUUACUGGGCUGUGAUUAUAGCGGCCACAACUGGAAUUUUGGCAGGAUCCCUGAUUGUUUGGGGUGUGAUGACUCAUAAAAUCAACAAACACUCAAGGGCAAGAUAUGCAGCAGCUGAAGAGAAGACAACGCUGUAA